AUGUCUACGAAUACUAAUUUUAUUAAUGAAAAUGAUAUUAUUUAUGAAGAGGACCUUGAGCCGGAAGAGGAUGCUGAAGUAUAUUUCAUUACCAAAAAUAUAAGUGUUAAAAUGAUAAUUCAUUCAUUGACUCCUAUUGAAUAUCUAGCAAUAAGUCAAGAAGGAGUUGCGAUUAUUUAUCAUGUUGAAGGAUGGAAUAAUGUAGAAGCUAUCCAAUAUUCUAUGGGAAAACCUUGUGGUCAACAUAAUUCAACUUGCAUUUAUCUUGGUAAUAUUGGUGUAGUUAGAAAAGAAAGAAUAUGUCAAGGAGUUAAAUUAUGUGAAUUUGCAACUCCAGAGCUUUUGGAAAUUAAGCACGAGACAGUAGAUCCUGAAUCAGAUUUGUGUUUAAAAGUAAAUAAUGAAGUAUCAGUUAAUAACAUAAAAAAUAAUACUUUUGCAGGACGUAAAUUAGAUAAAGAAAGAUUUGCUGCUAUUAAUGUACAUCAAAAGUAUAAUAUACCAUAUCGGGGUCAAGAUAAAAGUCUUAUUACUCAUAAUGUUUUAUCUAAUAAAUGUCAAGCCAAUGCGAAAAUUAAAAAAUCAAAUAAUACAAAACCAGUUUCUGAUAAUUGUGAUAAUGAUGAUAAGGAAAAUACCAUUAUUACAAAAAUCGAUGAACUUGAAUAUCAGGAAAGAAUUUUAGCUCUAAAAGAGCGUGAACUGGUUUUAAGAAAAUGA